UAUGACGCAGCGGUUGGAGCCGGUGGGAGAGGAAGGCGGUCUUCGCCGCCAUUUUGUGAGGGAGUUUCGUGAGAAGACGGCGGUUGCAGCGACGGAGAGAGGCGGCGAGACGGAGCCCACGAUGAGCCUGGGGAAGAAGGCCGGCGGGGUCUGAGCGCUCGGGGUGGGAGGAGGAGGAAGGGGUUUCCCGGCCUGGCCUGUGCCUUCUUUCUCUCCUCGGCCUGUCAGCCCUGGGGGAGGAGGAGGAGGAGGAUGUCGUCGAGCAGCAGCAGCAGCUCCUCCUCGUCGGCGUCGGAAGGGCCCAGCUCGGGCGGGGGCGGCGAGGACGCCUGCCGCGACUACCAGUCGUCGCUCGAGGACCUGACCUUCAACAGCAAGCCGCACAUCAACAUGCUGACCAUCCUGGCCGAGGAGAACGUGCCCUUCGCCAAGGACAUCGUCUCGCUCAUCGAGGCGCAAACCGCCAAGGCUCCUUCUAGUGAGAAACUUCCUGUCAUGUACCUUAUGGAUUCCAUUGUCAAGAAUGUUGGAAGAGAAUACCUUGCUGCAUUUACUAAAAACUUAGUUGCAACAUUUGUUAAUGUGUUUGAAAAGGUGGAUGAAAAUACUAGGAAAAGUUUAUUUAAAUUGCGUUCCACGUGGGAUGAGAUUUUCCCUUUGAAGAAACUAUAUGCACUUGAUGUCCGGGUGAAUUCAGUAGACCCUGCUUGGCCAAUUAAGCCACUACCCCCUAAUGUGAAUACUUCUAGCAUCCAUGUGAACCCUAAGUUUUUAAACAAAUCGCCCGAGGAACCUCCUGUACCUAGCUCUACAGUCACUUCUUCUCCAGUAUCCAGUUCUGCUGUUUCCUCUACUCCAAUUGUUCCAGAAGUACAAAAGAAUUUGACUCAAGAACAAUUAAUAAGACAGCAGCUUCUGGCAAAACAAAAGCAGUUGUUAGAACUUCAACAGAAAAAAUUAGAACUGGAACUAGAGCAGACUAAAGCACAACUGGCUGUUUCUCUUAGUGGGUCCAGCCUGGGCCCAGCUUCCUUGAGACAACAUGCUCCACAGCCGUCUCAUAUGCCUGUUAAAGCUCCACUUCCAGCUUGUCUUCCACCAGAGAAAAACCGCCUAUCUCCACUCCAUGAUGUCAAAACACCCAACAGAGAUCCUCGUCUUAAUAGAACAAGUCAACAUGCUUCCCAUUCUAAAGAUCAAAGCCAUAGGAAAGAUUUUGUGACGAAUCCAGUCAGCCAGACAGAUCCAAAGACUUCCAAAACUUUACAGACUGAAAAACAAACUACAUCGAAGCAAGAAAAGCAAAAACAGAGUGAGAAAUUGCAGAAGAAAGAGUUUGUCCAAUUGGAUGCAAAAUCAAAACCAAAGUCACCAUCUCCCUUGCAAAGCAAGCUGCCUCAUAGUAAAGAUACCAGGAACCAAGAAUGUGAGAGUAGCAGAGUAUCUGAAAUAAGCAAGAGAGAUCCCAGAUUAAAGAAACAUCUCAUGGAGAAGCCAGAUGGUAAAGAUGAUGAUACAAAAGAAAAGAGAAGAAGUGUUGAAAGAAAAGACAAAGAAGAACAUAGAUCAACUGGUAGUAGAAAUAAAAUAGUUAAUGGCAUUGUGCAAAAACAGGAUCUCAGUACUGAAGAGUUGGAGAAACAAGGUGGAAAGCCAGGGAGGUCAAGUAAUAGGAAAAGGUCCCGUUCUCCUAGAUCCCGAUCACCGUCUUCCCAUUCUCCUAAACGAAGAGAUAGAAGGUCUCCCAAAAGAAGGCUUAGGAGUCUCUCUCCUUCCAUAACAAAGAUGGGGAAGCCUCGGCAAUCUGGACCAAAGUCUCAUGCGGAAGACUUUGGGCCAGACAUACGGGAUGAAAGGACCUCCAAUAAAAGGAGCCUUAAACUGGAACUGAGAGACUCAAGGAGGCCAAAGAGAAUUCACGAGGACCGGCCACAAGAAGGCACAAACCAGCAUUCUUCAAAGGCAACAUCUGAACCCAAAGAAAACGUGGAGAACUGGCAAAGUUCUAAGUCAAGCAAAAGAUGGAAAUCUGGUUGGGAAGAAAAUAAAAACCCCCAAAUUAAUGAAGAACAUCAAAGUGGUAGUAAACCCCCACAUCAGAGGCACAGGGAAACUUGGCCAACUAGUAAAGGAGUCACAUCACCUCGCACACCAAAGCAGCAACAUCGACUAAGUGUUGAUGCCAAUUUGCAGAUUCCCAAAGAACUGACCUUGGCAAACAAGAGAGAGCUUUUGAAGAAGGCAAAUGAACGUCUAUCUUCUGGUGAAAUAACACAAGAUGACUUCCUGGUUCUGUGUCAUAAGAUUCAUCAACUCUUCCAAUAUCAAGAAGGAAAGCACAGAUGCAAUGUGUGGGAUAGCCCAUCAGGGGAAAAGGGCGUUUCCAAAAAGAAGCCCUUGUUGUCUGAAUCGGAAUUAAUAUAUCAUGAACAUAAAGCUAAACUGAAAAGGACACAAGUUCAACAUGCUUUUCCAAGACUCAAUAUGGUAGAUGCAGAAGACAUUUUAGACUAUCACUUAAAGGAUACAUUUCUUUCUGCAAUUGACUGUGAACAAACAAAAAACAAAAGUGGUGGCCAGCUUGUAGAAAGAUCAAGACGGCAUUCUCCUAUUGGAAGUAACAGGCCCUACUCGGAGAAUUCACAGCAUGAAGGUCGGAGAAGGCAUGAUGAGCCAAACUCUUUAAAAGGUAUUCGUGAGGAGCAAAGGCCUACAUACAGUAGUGAACCUUACAAGAGAGUGAGAUACGAAGAUACAGAGAAACCGUUUACCGAGAGUGCGGGAUCACGAUUUGGUCACGAUUUGGUUACUGAUGGAAAGCAAAGAUUUAGUUCAUUGUUGGAAGAGAGAGUUCACUUUGAAGACUCUCCUAGGCAUCCUGGCACAAGGGCAGGUGGAGAUGGACAACCAACUCACUUUGAUGGGCUGGUGAAUACAAAUUCUAGAAUGGAAGGACCACAAGCACAGACGAAUAUAAGGUUUGAAGCCACUCUAAACCAGCCAGGAUCAAAGUUUGAUGGACCUCCAGUGCAGUCUGGAGGGAAAGGUUCUCUAAUGUUUGAUGGGCCACCAGCGCCAAUGGGAGGCAGUCCCUUGAACUUUGAAGGGCCUACAGGACAGAUUGGGGCAGGAAUGGGAAUACAGUUUGAGGAACCCAUAGGACAGUCAGGGGGAUCACUUAGGUUUGAUGGUCCUUCAGGCAUAAGAUUUGAGGGACAGCCCCCUGGAGGGAUGAGGUUUGAGAGUCAUAACCAGCCAGGGAUGAGGUUUGAAGGCCCUCCUGGUCAAUCAUCUGGAAUCAGGUUUGAGAGACCACAUGACCAGCCUUCAGCUAGCAUGAGGUUUGAUGGCCAGCCAUCGGGUGGAAUGAGAUUUGAAGGGCCACAUGGCCAGCUGAGGUUUGAAGGGCCUCAUGAACAUCCUCUGGGACCUCAUGGACCUCCAGGUGGAGGGAUGAGAUUUGAAGGACCGCACGGUCAGCCAAUAGGGCCUCAUGGACAACCAGGGCCUGGAUUACGGUUUGAAGGACCACAUAUGCAGCCAGUAGGUCCUCUUAGCCAACCAGGAGGCAAUUUGCGGUUUGAUGCACCACAUGGGCAACCAAGUGGUCUGAGAUUUGAGGGGCCACAUGGACAGCCAGUUGGGCCAUUUGGGCAGUCAGGGGUUGGACCUAGAUUUGAGGGUCCUCUUGGUCAGGGGCCACAUGGACAGCCUGGGAUGGGUCCAAGAUUUGAAGGGCCUUCUUCUAUCCAAUCCGGUGGAGUGAGAUUUGAAGGACCUAUUAGUCAAACAGGCCCAAGAUUUGAUGGCUCUCAGUCAAGAUUUGAUGAUCAACCAUCGCAUCCAUCACUUUUGCAAAGACUGGAUGGAUUGCAUGGUCCAAGGUUUGAAAUGGGCCCUGCUCAGCAAACGCCUUUUCGGUUUGAUGGUCCACCAGGUCACCAGGUACAACCACGAUUUGAUACAUCAAUACCUCAGCGCUUUGAAGAUCCUGCAGUACGGUUUGAUAUUGCUCUUGGUCAUCAGGGUCAAAGAAUUGAAAAUAUGGCUAGCCAUCCAACCUCGAGACCAGAAGCUUUGCCUUAUGGACAAACUGGCCCUUUCAAUGAACCAUCAGGCCAGCCUCCCUUUAAUGGACCAUCGCAAGGAAUGCCAUUUCAGAGACCUGAGCAAAUAUUUGAUAAUGCUCAGGGACCAAAUUUCAACGGGCCUCCUAUUCCUGGAGCACAGGCCUUUCCUAAUUCUCUUAACCGGGCACCUGGGCCAUUUUAUGAUGACGGCAACCUUCAAGGACCUCAAUAUGGAAACUUCAAUAAUAUGUCAGUGGGAAAUGUUCAGCCACCCCAACAGGUUCCUAUUAUGUCUAUUGCUGCUGCUCAGCCUGUACCUUACGGUCAACCUCAACCACUCUUACCAGUUCACGCACAGAAUCCUGGAAGCUUUGUCCAAAAUCAACCAGGAAAUGUUCCACUAUCUUAUCCUGAUAAUCAUCUUGGACAACUUGAUGUAAACGAUUUGUACUCAAAGCUACUAUCCACAGGAAUUCUCAAAGUUUUACAGCCGGAUACAGCUUCACCACAAAUCAGUGAAAUUUCUACUCAGCCAGUUCCAGAGGAGGAAGAAGAAGAACAAGACCAAAAUGAGGAUCAAGAUGUCCCUGACCUGACUAAUUUUGUGAUAGAGGACCUAAAACAGCGGUACGAUAGUGUUAUAAAUCGCCUCUAUACGGGCAUUCAGUGUUAUUCUUGUGGCAUGAGGUUUACAACAUCUCAGACAGACGUCUAUGCAGAUCACUUGGAUUGGCAUUAUCGGCAGAACCGCACUGAAAAGGAUGUUAGCAGGAAAGUUACUCACAGAAGAUGGUACUACAGCCUAACAGACUGGAUAGAGUUUGAAGAAAUUGCAGAUUUAGAGGAGCGUGCAAAGAGUCAGUUCUUUGAAAAAGUACAUGAGGAAGUUGUGUUAAAAACACAAGAAGCUGCUAAAGAAAAGGAAUUUCAGAGUGUCCCCGCAGGCCCAGCUGGAGUAGAUGAGAGCUGUGAAAUAUGCCAGGAGCAAUUUGAGCAAUAUUGGGAUGAGGAAGAGGAAGAGUGGCACCUAAAAAAUGCCAUCCGUGUAGAUGAAAAGAUCUACCAUCCCUCAUGCUAUGAGGAUUAUCAAAAGACUUCCUCCUUUGACUCAACUCCUUCACCUAGCAAGACGCCCGUUGAAAACCCACUAAAUAUUAUGUUGAAUAUUGUCAAACAAGAAGUACAGGACUCCUGUAGCGGCCCCAAAGUCAAGGAAGAGCCAGAGGAGGAAAAGCCUGACAAAUGCAUGGAGGAGAGCAAACCUUUAAUGUCUGCCGAAAUUAAAACUGAACCUGAAAAGGUUGAGUCAGUUUAAACAAACUCUGGGGUUUUUUUUUAUAUUGCAGAGAAGAGCUACUGUGUCCUAGCUGACUCUAGAAGGCAAAUAAUUUUUAUAUGAAUAAAGUGUUUAUCUGGGGCAGGGCCCCAGCUGCUUAUUUGGUUAAUAAAUACAUUUUUGUAUUUGAAUUUCUUAUUGCCUGCACAGUGUCAGGUGUCUAUUGUGUGGAAGUUCUGUCAGUGGCGUACAAAUUGAACAGGAAUAGACUGUAUAUGUAAGAAAACUUGUACAAUUUUUUUUCAUUUGUGGAAUUGUAAAUUAUAAAUAAAAGAUAUUUUUGCUAUCUAUGGAGUGUAAUGUUUAUGCACACCAUUCAAUAAAAAAAGUAUUUCUGUUUCGGGAGUGUUUUAAAUUGGAAUGGAUUCAGGCUUCUUCACUGGCCUUGUUUAAAAUAAGAUUUCCAGAAGAAAUGGCAGGCUUAACAUUUUUUUAAGUUUCAGGAGAAUAUUAGCGCUUAACAUUUACAACACCUAGACACUUAAAAAGAAGACUUAGGAGGGUUACACACAAAAUAACAUGCUUGAUUAAAGAUAAGUGCCAACAAUUCAGCAGUUAUAGGAGGAUAUCCAGAUUUUCAUGAGAUUUUCUUCUUUCAUUUAGUCAACACAAACAUUUAGUACAGCCAAACCAAUUUUUCUUUCCAUUUUAUAGUGAGAAAAAAGUAAUGUAAGAUUGCUCAGUUGCAAUAUGGUUAACAUUUUUGUUGAUUUCUAAUUUGGGUCUAGAGAGUAAAGACAUUAUGGAGAGAUGUUAAUAUUUAUUUCGUGUAAUAAACUAGAGUGAAGCAUA